AGAAAGAACAUGGGCUUCAUAAUAACGCGUUAAAUCCAGCCCGUAAACAGCGGCAUUUUGAGUAAUAAACUAAACUCAAACAGAGGCACAAAAGCUAAAUUAAGGAAACAAAUCAUUACAGCACUAGUAAUAAUUUACUGUAGUUUCCCCAGAAAAACUACAGUCCAACGUCGGUGCUUGUCUCUUCCUAUCUGUCUUCUAUGCUUUUCUUUCUUCUUCAGUAAUCACACGCCUUUGACUCCCUCAUGUCACACUAUUUUCCUCUCCUCUAAAACCCCAUUACCCAAAUUUCAUCUCUUUACACAAAAAAUAGGGAACUGGAAUUAAUGGGUCCAGAGAAAAGACCUGGUGGAGCACUCCCUACCACCACCGCCACACUCAACGGCGGCACCGCCACUGGCCGGAACACUUCCAUCUUACCACGUGGCCGACAGAUCCAACGUACUUUCAACAACAUUAAAAUCACUAUCCUUUGUGGCUUUGUCACUAUCCUUGUCCUACGUGGCACUAUUGGUUUCGGCAACCUAGCUUCCUCAGGACCUGAUGCCGAGAACGCCAAUCUUAUCGAAGAGACUAACCGGAUCCUAGACGAGAUCCGAUCCGACAAGGACCCGGAUGACCCGGUGGACCAGUCGGGUAGUUUUUUCAGCCUUAAUGAGACUUACAGUUUAGGCCCGAAGAUUACUACUUGGGAUGAAGACAGGAAACUAUGGCUUCAGAAAAACCCUGAAUUUCCUAGCUUUGUUCAAGGUAAGCCUCGUGUUUUGCUUGUUACGGGUUCACCGCCAAACCCUUGUGAUAAUCCAAUUGGGGAUCAUUACUUGUUGAAAUCUAUAAAGAACAAAAUUGAUUAUUGUAGGAUCCAUGGGAUUGAAAUUGUUUAUAAUUUAGCUCAUUUGGAAAAUGAAAUGGCUGGGUAUUGGGCUAAAUUGCCGUUGAUUCGUAGGCUAAUGUUGUCGCAUCCUGAAGUAGAGUGGAUUUGGUGGAUGGAUAGUGAUGCUUUAUUUACUGAUAUGGUAUUUGAGAUCCCUUUUUCUAAGUAUAAAGAUCACAAUCUUGUUAUUCAUGGUUACCCAGAUCUAUUGUUUGAUCAGAAAUCAUGGAUUGCUGUGAACACUGGUAGUUUUCUUUUUAGGAAUUGUCAGUGGUCACUUGAUUUGUUGGAUGCAUGGGCACCAAUGGGGCCUAAAGGUCCUGUUCGUGAAGAAGCUGGGAAGGUUUUGACUGCUAAUUUAAAGGGUAGACCGGCAUUUGAAGCGGAUGAUCAGUCUGCAUUGAUAUACUUGCUGAUUUCACAGAAGGAUCAGUGGAUGGACAAUGUGUUCAUUGAGAAUUCCUACUAUCUACAUGGAUAUUGGGCAGGGUUAGUUGAUAGAUACGAGGAGAUGAUUGAGAAGUAUCAUCCGGGUUUGGGCGAUGAGAGAUGGCCAUUUGUGACACAUUUUGUUGGAUGCAAGCCGUGUGGGAGCUAUGGAGAUUACCCUGCUGAAAGGUGCUUGAAAAAUAUGGAGAGGGCUUUCAACUUUGCAGAUAAUCAAGUGCUUAACUUGUAUGGGUUUAGACAUAAGGGCUUGUUGAGCCCUAACAUCAAAAGGAUUAGGAAUGAAACUGAUAAUCCGCUGCAGUAUGUAGAUGAGUUAGAUGUUCGACAUGCAAAGCAUGAGAGCAUAGAAACUCAGAGCUAGUGGCCACACCAGCUUCUGCACAUAAGAAUCUGCAGGGUGCGACAAAGGUUUUGAUCUGUUUUGGAUGAGAAUGGCACUCUUGGAAUGAAGUGCUCGUGCUUCUUCUGGUACUUUGGUGGUCAAUCCUUGCAACAUGGGGAUUGGAAAUGCGUUUUAUUUUUCUCCCACGGAUGAAGUUUGUGUUAGGUUUCUUUAUUUCUAGCAACAUUUUAGUUUCUCAGCAAGAUGACUUUUGAACUGUAUGAAUGAUGUGCUUGGAAAAGAAAGCUGAAAUCAAAUAGAAUGAAUAGAAUUUUUCUAGAUAGCUUCAACAUAAGUACUCACUCUCAACCUCCAGCACUGGGAGGUAUAAGAUGUGAUCACACUUGUAAAAUUGCAAUUCUUGGUCGUUUUUUUUCUCUUUUGGUUAAUGAUUUUUUGAUAUAUGAUAGUGGACCAUAAAGUUGUUAUUUGAACUUGGAAAUGUACCAGUAUUAAUACACCUUUCAUUCUUCA